CGGUGUCAGGCGCAGUGACAAACUUGAAGACAUGAGCGCUCGUCCUGAGAAAGUAUCGCUGCUAUGUCUGAUCUGAAGCUGAAUGCGCAAGAGGACAAAGACGUGGAAUCGGUGUCUGACAGCCCAGGUCGUACUCGGGAGCCAUUACAGCCUCACACAUUCUCCCCGAAGAACAAUGCUGCAGGUCUGUCCUCAGAUGAACACGAAAACCCUUUAAAUGGAACCCAGCCGAAUCCAUUUGUAUACAGCAGUGUCCCUGCUGUUCCCCAUGCAGGCAAUUCAUUGCCUUCAGGAGCACUUGUUAAUGGACCUGGUUCACACCCAAACUCAGAAGUACACUGUGUCCUGAACAAAGGCACUGUUUUAUCCAACAGUGUCCUGGAUGCCGUGUGGCAAGCGGAGAAGGACACGAGCCCCGAGGUGUUACCACCACCUAGUGAGCUUCAAUCAGACGCUUGGAAGAACACAGUGGGACCCGACGUAAAAACACCGGCCACACAGCCAGGUGUCAACACGCCACUGUCUCACUCGGAGGAGAAUGAGUCUAAACUGGCCUAUUCCACGCUGUCAGCUUUAGACUCUGAGAGCCAUAUUUAUAGCACAGCGCAGGGAGGCAGUAAUGAGGAAAAUGACCCUGAAGAUGAAAACUGUGUUAGUCCAAAAGUGGAACAGUUGAAGGCAGAGCAACUUGAACGAGAUUCACUUUUCUUUUCAUGCACAACAUGCAAUGUUAAUUUCAAGGAAAAAAGACAUUUCCAUAGACAUAUGAUGUAUCAUUUAGGCAAGCAUAAUCAGGUGAACAGUGAGAAUGAUUCACAGCCCUUUAUAUGCGGAGAGUGUGGGCUUUUGUUCUGUGAUAGCAACUCCCUCAUGAGGCACAUCAUUAUUCACCAAGAUAGGCUGGAAAAACUUAUGGAGGAAAUUGAAGGUCUCAAAAAGACUGAAUUUGAAGACGGGGCCACCACAGUGCCGUGCUCUCGGUGCACGUUUGGUUGUAACUGCCAAAAAGUCUUUGUCCAGGGUACCAAAACACAUGAUAAUCUGAAGCACUACUACUUUUGUGAGGAGUGUAAUUACAUUUCCUUGACACGGCAGACACUUUUUAAACCCAAUGCCAGCUGCACUAAAAGCAUGCUGUCGCCAUAUUUGUGGAGAAUCGACAAGCAUGGAAAGUUACUCUUACAACCAGCAGAAAAAUUGGAUGUGGAAGCCGAUCUCACCUGUGUACAAGAAGAUGCUGAAAACAAUGACCGCAGGGCUUUUGGCAGCUUAAAGCUGGCAAACCGUCCUACAGCCGCUGCUUUUACAGCCAGGAAGCUUAAAUUGGACCAGAUGUUCUGUCAGGGAAGCAAAAAUGACCCCGUAAACGGGAGUUUACAAGUACAAGUAAGCCAAAAUUCUCCAUCAAUGGGAAAAAUAAGUACACCUUUGCAUAACACUACUGAAAGAAUGAAUGGUAAUAUAUUGCCUGGGCUUAGCCAGAGGCUUAAGAAACAGUGUGCAGUUAGGGAGUUAAAGAAAGGCUGUGAGGGUGAUGAUAACUUCAGUGAUGACACCAGCGAAGCUACAGGCAGCUUCUUGGAAAGCAGCGAGAAUGAAAGGAACUCAUAUGCUCGGAGGUAUUUGAAAAAGAGGCAGAGCUUUACAGCCAAACACCAAAGCCCCCACGCACUCAAGGUUGAAGAUGAUGGAGAUGAAGACUGCAGUGACAUAGAACAGCUCAUAAUCAAAGAGGAGCACAUUGAAACGACAGUGAGUGAUGAUUCCACAGAAUUGCCUAAUACAUCUCCAAGUGAUAGUUUUGAUAUGUCCCCCACACCAUCAGUAAAACAUAAGCCCUGUCCUUACUGUCCCGCCACGUUUGAGUCCGGAGUGGGUCUGUCUAAUCACGUGCGAGGACAUCUUCACAGAGCUGGGGUGAGCUACAAUGCCCGGCACAUGGUUUCACCGGAGCAAGUGGCGUUGUGGGACUAUCAGCCAAGAAUCCGCAGAAAGAUUUCUACUGGCAUGAGAAAAAAAGCUGUUAAGCCAGAAACUCGAGGACAACACACGUGUCCUGUGUGUUUGGAAUGUUUUGAUAGCAAAACUGGCAUCUCUAACCAUGUGAGGGGACAUCUGAAACGAAUAGGUACAAAGGUUACCAGCAGCACCCCUCAGAAGUUCAUCUGCAGCAAUGGCCUGUUUCUGAUGCAGAAAAGCAUCCCAGGGAAACUCCAACAUGUCAAAAGGAGUCUGCAUCCCAUAAAGAAAAGCCUUGUGUGUAAACACAUGGUAGAUAACCUCUCAGAAAGGAAGAAGCUACAUGGGGAAGCAGAAAGAGGCACUACAGCCACAUCAAGCACUUUAGUUGAACUCCUCAAAGCCAAACAGGAAAGUGUGGAGCUUGCAGUGAGCCAAGAAGCCUAUGCAACCAGGAUGAUCUGUGAGAUGACCAACGAUUAUAUGGCCAAAACAGAGAUGACCAGUCGGGAACCAAACUGGUCUGCUGGGGAAUGUGACUCAAAAAAGAUUUAUAUUCAGUGUGACAGCACCUUCCCCACUGUUUCCCAGCUUCCUGGUCAUAUUCAAGCAAAUGCACACAGGAAGAGGAUUGCAAUUUUUGAAGAAGAAGAUUAUGAUUUUAGGAAGAAGAAACCAAGACUAAGGCCGGAGCUUAAAAAUAAUAAUUUACCUUCACUGAAUACUGAGAUGUGCACACUGACCUGCAGAUUCUGCGACCUAGUUUUUCAUGGUCCCUUUUCCAUUCAGGAGGACUGGAUCAGGCAUUUACAGAGGCACCUUCUACACACCAGCGUACCCCACUCAGGGAGAGGGAUGGUAGAGGUUUUAGCCCUUCAUCAGAAAAUACAACUAAGCAUGUCUCACGAGGACCCAGAAACUGGGUAGUUUUACUUCCAGAUCCCUCCAGAUCUAUGUAUU